AUGAUGGGAUGCUCUGCCUGGGGCUGGGAUUUCGCAGUGAUGAGGUCCAGUGUACCCACUGCAGUGGCACCUGGCGCGCUGCAACUGGCGAGACGUUCUGAAAAGACUGAGGCACCAGAAUUCAGUCCAGUCAAAGUCGCCACCGUUAUCAAAGUCACCUUGAAACUUUCUGAAAACUUCACUGCGGCAGCGGCUCGAACGCCCAGCACUGCGCGUUUCGAGAGUCGUGGGGCUCGGUAUUCCAAGAGAAACCCGGGUCCACCUUCCCUGUCCCAGAGAGAUGUUGAGGCCCUUGGUGCAGGGAGGAGUUCUGCAAAGUGGUUGUGGUUCUUUUCCUUGACCGUGUGGGCCGUGUUUACUGCGUUGGUUCUUUUGGAGGUGCCCAAUUUGAUUCGCUGCCUCAUGUCGGUCUCUGUGGAUAUUCCUGGACAUGGUCACUUUGAUAUCAAACUGACUGCUUCGAGCACCGCUGCUGACAUUAUUUUAUUGCUACGUGAGCGUUUGCCAGACAGCCCAUGGCAUGGGAACAAGUUGCUGUCAAGUGGGGUCUGCCAGCUACAGUGCGAUGACAUUGUGGAGGCAACCCGCCACAGCACUUUAGUCUUGACAAACUACUCAGAGAUCACCAGCCAGGAGGGCUAUGCGAAAAAGGGCUGCAGCAUGGUUGAGAUCAUGGCGAUUCAAGUGCAGAGACCUCACUGGUUUGUGUCACAUGCUUGGAUCGAGCCUGUUUGUAAGUUUCUGGCCUGCUUGGCGCAGCAUGCUCUGGUGCGAGAACUCUCAAGCAGUACAUUCUAUUGGGUCUGUGCAUAUGCCAAUAACCAGCACUGCGUGGAAGAGGAUAUCAAAAGCAACCCGCGCAGCACUUCAUUCUACAGAGCUAUGCAGAUGUCUGAGGGAGUUCUUUUGGUGCUGGAUUCAGCUGGAAC